AUGGCUGGCUGGCCUGGGCUACGUGGCUGGCGUGGCUUGCACGGGCUGGCUGGCUGGCUGGCUGGCUGGCCUGGGUUAAGUGGCUGGCGUGGCUUGCACGGGCUGGGCCAGGCCUGGGCGGGCUGGCUGACAAUUGAACCAUGGCUGGCUGGCCUAGGCUGGCUGGGCUGGCUGACAUGGCUGACCUGGAUGGCUAGCCUGGCUGGCCUGGGCGGGCUAAGCUGUCUGGCUGGUCUGAAUGGCUGGCUGGCUGGCUCGCUGGAUUGGAUAGCUGAUCUGGCUGGCCUGGGAUGGCUGGUAAUCUUCAUAGACAUUGGUCCCAACUUCCAAGCCAUGAACACCUCAGACGAAACUCAGAUGAAGGUUGGUGUGGGCGAGGACACCGACACUCCGAUGGAUAUGGACGAAGCCAGGUCCACGACCUCUGAGGAUUCUAUGGAGGUGGAGGAAGUGGCUGGACACAUUGAAAAUCAGAUGGAUGUGGACGAAGCCAGGUCCACAACCUCUGAGGAUUCUAUGGAGGUGGAGGAAGUGGGUGAAGACAUUGAAAACCAGAUGGAUGUGGACGAAGCCAGGUCCACGACCUCUGAGGAUUCUAUGGAGGUGGAGGAAGUGGGUGAAGACAUUGAAAACCAGAUGGAUGUGGACGAAGCCAGGUCCACGACUUCUGAGGAUUCUAUGGAGGUGGAGGAAGUGGGUGAAGACAUUGAAAACCAGAUGGAUGUGGACGAAGCCAGGUCCACGACCUCUGAGGAUUCUAUGGAGGUGGAGGAAGUGGGUGAAGACAUUGAAAACCAGAUGGAUGUGGACGAAGCCAGGUCCACGACCUCUGAGGAUUCUAUGGAGGUGGAGGAAGUGGGUGAAGACAUUGAAAACCAGAUGGAUGUGGACGAAGCCAGGUCCACGACCUCUGAGGAUUCUAUGGAGGUGGAGGAAGUGGGUCAAGACAUUGAAAACCAGAUGGAUGUGGACGAAGCCAGGUCCACGACCUCUGAGGAUUCUAUGGAGGUGGAGGAAGUGGGUGAAGACAUUGAAAACCAGAUGGAUGUGGACGAAGCCAGGUCCACGACCUCUGAGGAUUCUAUGGAGGUGGAGGAAGUGGGUGAAGACAUUGAAAACCAGAUGGAUGUGGACGAAGCCAGGUCCACGACCUCUGAGGAUUCUAUGGAGGUGGAGGAAGUGGGUGAAGACAUUGAAAACCAGAUGGAUGUGGACGAAGCCAGGUCCACGACCUCUGAGGAUUCUAUGGAGGUGGAGGAAGUGGGUGAAAACAUUGAAAACCAGAUGGAUGUGGACGAAGCCAGGUCCACGACCUCUGAGGAUUCUAUGGAGGUGGAGGAAGUGGGUGAAGACAUUGAAAACCAGAUGGAUGUGGACGAAGCCAGGUCCACGACUUCUGAGGAUUUUAUGGAGGUGGAGGAAGUGGGUGAAGACAUUGAAAACCAGAUGGAUGUGGACGAAGCCAGGUCCACGACUUCUGAGGAUUCUAUGGAGGUGGAGGAAGUGGGUGAAGACAUUGAAAACCAGAUGGAUGUGGACGAAGCCAGGUGA